AUGAAGGUCAUCUGUGCCGGUAUCUGUAAAACGGCCACCAAGUCAAUGGCGAAAGCGUUGCGAAUACUAGGCUACAACGUGUACGACGUGCAAGAGCAAAUUUGUGAGCUUUUCGACGACUGGCUAGACCUAAUCGAACAUGGCAGACUGCCUGAUUUUGAAGCUAUGUUUGAAAAUGUCGAUGCUAUCACAGAUUUACCCGGUAAUUUCUUCUUCGAAGAGAUUUUAAAAGCCUCACCUGAUGCUAAAGUCAUUUUGACCGUCAGGGAGCAAGAGGCCUGGCUAAGAAGUUCAAAGAAACAGUUGAAGAUGGUUCAGGGUUUGUUUUCUAAAUUAUGGUUUUUAAGUUUAUCACCGACAUAUCUUGGAAUUCGAAAAAUCACCAACGGCAUGGUAGCAGCUCUUUACGGAACAAUCAACGCAGAGUCGACGUGGAUCAUAGCCAAAGCCCUGGAGAUGCAUAAUCAGCGAGUCAGGUCCACAGUGCCCCCUGGUCAGUUGCUUGAGUAUAGCGUGACAGAGGGAUGGGGGCCAUUGUGUGACUUUUUAGGUCACGCAACACCGAAAGAGAAAUUUCCACAUGAAAAUGUCAAGGGUGAAUUUACAAAACGAUGGGAAGGAGUGCCUUCGGGUGAGAAGAAGCUGGGGAGAAGAAUCUUGCUGGAGAUCGGCGUUCGCUUGUCGGUGAUAGCGGGUGGGCUGGUGGCUGGAGGCUUUGGAUUGUAUUUACUAUAUCACAGGGAGUAA